GGGUAAGGGAUGGGAAGGGCCGGGAAGGGCAGGGAGACAGGGCACGGGGGACCCUCUGCGUGACUUGGGACAAAUAAUUUUCUGUUUGUGCCUCUGUUUCCUCAUGCUUAUGCAGAAAUGCUUUUAACUCUGCAGAACUGAAGUAUUUCAGUGAAAGGAUUGUGUAAUGGCCCAGGACACUGCAGUACCCAAACUGAACUUUGAAUAUUGGUUGGAUAAAGCUGUUGAAUGGGGUCAAGCCACUACACUGGAAUCCCAGAAAGAUGUGUGCCUUCACUUGCCCCAGCUGCAGGAGUUUCUGCAUCAGCUUCAUGAAACUUUAAAAGAUGUGCAGGGUUCAGUUGCAGCAAUCCAGCAGUUCCCUUUAAUUGGACAGCUUCUAGGAAGGCUCUGUUGGAAUCCUUUUGUUAUAGGACAUGGUGAAAGCCAGAAGACUCUGAUGUGGUGCUUGUGCUGUCUGUACAGCAGUGAGCCACAGAACCCCCUGGAAGUGAAGGCCAACAGCUGGAUAAGGAGUUUGCUGUGCCAUCUCCUUUCUUCUUCUGAGUGGGAAAGUAAUGAAGCUGAAACCAGUCCCUUCAUCUCAGCUCUGGGCUACACGUCAGCAGAUUAUUAUGGUCACUUAGUUAAAAAUAUGGUCUUUUCAUUAGUGACAGAACUCAGAGAAAAUCCUUUCAAUGGGCUUAAUAAUCAGAGGAGUGUUUCAGCCAGUCGUGUGAAUGCUGUGUCCAUUUUCUGUGUCCCUCUCAUUACUUUGCCUGACCUGACUCCCUUGCUGGAAACUCUUCUUCUUUACCAUGGAGAUUCACCCAAAGAAAUUCUCUGUCCAGAGUUUCUGGAGGCUGUGAAUGAGGCCUUCUUAAAGAAGCAGAUCUCCCUUCCUGAACCAGCUGUCUGCAGCCUCUGGCUUCGUCACUCACCAAGCCUGGAAAAAGCCACCUUACACCUUUUAGACCAGUUGGUUUCCAGUCAGCUGAACUCACUGGAAGAAGUGGCUUCUGUCAUAAAAGACUCAUUGCUGCCACAAGCAGCAAGCCAUCCUGCCAUUUUCAGAGUUGUAAAUGAAAUUUUCAAGAAUGCACUGCUGGAAACUGAUGGAAGUUCAGAAGUUAUGACCAUAAUACAGGUGUUUACACAGCUCUUCCUUGAGGCUCAUCAGAACCAAAACGAGCAGCAUAGAUUUCCAUUGAAGGCAUACUUCCCUUGCCAUCACCAGCCUCUGGUAAGAGCUCUACUCAGACGUCCUGCUGAACUCCCAACUGCUUCCUGGUCUCAACACUUGAAAAACAUUUCAGAUAUGCUCAAAGCAUUAGUAGAAGAUACAAAUAUUAGUUCUCUCACUGACCUUUUUGAAACCUGGUUUUUGGUUGCCCGUUUUGGAGAAUGGCUGGAUGUUGCAGCAGAACAAUUGCUGAAGGCUGCUGGACAACCAGGUGCUUUGCUGUGGCUGCUGGCAUUUUACUACUGUCCUCAGAAUGAAAACCAGCAAAGGACUCAGACAAUGGUAGAAGUUCAAGCAGUCUACAAUCAUCUAAUGAUGCUCUUCAGCUGUACAGACCUUUCUCUCAGGGAUCUGGAGGCUGCUGUGCACAGGAUAAGGGAGACAGAGCAGUGCUGGAACCAGCACCUCAUGACACAUCUUCUGACCAGCUUUUUGCUCUUUUCAUCUGGUGGACAUAUGGUUGCCCAGGAAUGUAUUGACCAUAUUACUGAGACAACUGACACAAGCAAGGAAGUUUACAGCCUUCUUAUCCGUACUGCACACAGACUGAAACAUCUUGGAGAAGGAAACCAGAGGACUGUCAAGCUGCUGAAUGAACUCCUUCAAAAACUUACAUUGAAAGUUUAGAUUUUUAAUAUCAUCUAUUUAUCAGGCCAACAAAUCAGAUCUUCAACUGUCUUUAUUUGUUACUGUCAGAAUUCCAUUAGCAUCUUGCACUGCAGGUUACCAAGGGUAGAAAGACACAUACAUAAGCGUAUCUCCUAAUUUCCUAUUCCCUCAUCUAUAUUUUAAAAUAGUCUGUUGUUUGGAAAUGUUAAUCUUUUGAAACAUGAUAAUAAAUAUUAAAGAUGGUUGAAAAUUUUGUUCUGAACACCUCCUGCAACAUGAGACCUACAUCAGUUAAAGCAGUUCACUCAUCUCCUUGUUGUUUAUCUGGCUGAGGAUCAGUUUUUCUCCCGAAUCACAGAUCUGGGGGUUUUUUUUUUAGCAAACCAUAUCCAAUUGCUUGAUUGGUAAGUUGUUCCUAAAAUGUUUUGUUGUAUAAUUCUGCUUUUAUGAAACCAACACUGGUCUCAGAUGAUUCAUGGUGAAGGUACUCCACGUUCUCAGGAAGUCAGGGAUGUUUCCUCAGCUCUUUCCUUCUUUCUGAAAAUGUUUCCAACAUGAAACUUCUCCCAGAUUUGCUAAAUGUGUUUCUUUCAGUGCUGCAGCUUCCACAGGAGAGUGUUCACUGCAAAGCGCUAUUCCAAUAGCUGCUCUUUGUCAGCAGAGCAGGUAAAGAUUGCUUGUAGAGCCCACUGAACAGUGUGCCAUGACUGAUGGUAUUGUUGGUCAUUCAAGGAAUAUUUUCUAUUAUUCAGACAAAAUAGGGCAGGCACAGCAGAGACAUAAGGACAUUUUCCAGUUUGAGGGCCAAAUUUCCUAAAAGGAGCAUAUGGUUGCAAAUCAUUGCCUUCAUUUCUGUGUCCAGAGGUGGUUUGCUUCCUUCUUUGUUUAGGUUUUUUGUCUCAUACAAAGAGCACAGACAGGGAGCAAUGGCUUACUUUUUUACCUUGGGGGAAGUAUUUGUCCCAAGAAGUUUUGUGAACCUGUUCCUAGCUUAACCAGAAAAAUAAGCAGGCAGAAUAGUAAUAACAGGGGAUCAUAACUUUCCUCAGUAAUUUGUUCUCAUGUGUUACUUGGGUUUGGUGCCAAAACUUGUGCUGUGUUCAAAGGUGCUGCUUGGAAUACUGUUCUCACAUAUAAAAUCAGUCAUGUAUCUUGAGUCAAUACAGCUUUUUGAAUGUAACAUUUGUUUUUGAGCAAGGGAAAAAAAAACAAUGUACUUAGUGUCCCUUGGCUGUAACAAGUGGAAAGAUAUUUUCUGUAAUGCUGUUGACUGAUUUCUUACAGUUUUGUUCCUAGUGAGUCAUCCUGCAGGAGUUACAUGCCCUCUCAAUGGGUUUGCUAGUGAAGUAAAAGC